GUAAAAGUCGAGUUAAAAAUAAUACGUUAUUAAUAAUAAAGAUGGCGGCGACCUUAAAAAAUUCAUGCUUGAUGAAAUUGCUCUAACAUUGGCAUUUCAGAACACUUCAGCAACUGCAUAAAAAAACUAGAUCUAGAUUCUAUUUUAGAACUACCACCACAGUCAUGAGAAGGAUUUUUUAAUAGUCGAUUAGGUGGAUAACAGAAUCUACUUUGGUAUCGUUUUAGUACGGUUUUAGAGUAGGCUGGUUGCAAUAGAACAAAAUGGCCUGUCGUCUUUCAUCAUAUGGACUUGAACAUUCAUCUUUUAUCAAUGGACUCAUUGGAUCAAUGCUGAGGAAAAGUUGCCCUGUGUUGACUCAUAUAAAGGUUCGUACACAUAUGUGCCGUAGAUUCAAGUCUAAAAAAUCCAAGGAUACGCUUUCUUCAGUCAUUCAACCAAUCACAAUCAAGCCUGCCACAAAGAAUGCUGAUGAUAUCAAUAUAGGGGAGGAGCUUACAGGAACCAUUAGGAAAGAAAACCUGGUCAAACUUUUGUCCCAGUUUCACAGCAGAGAGGAAGUAAAAAAACUUGCAUUCAUGAAUGGAUUGGACAACAAUUUAUUCUACAAGGCUUUCCUCAGUUUUAGAGAAUUUUGUAUCAAGUCAGAACAGCUGCCAGUUGAUCUUCAUAUUGUUUUUAGUGACAUUCUACAAGGUUCAGGCCAUGUUGAUGACAUCUUCCCCUACUUCCUCAAGCACAGCUAUGAAAUGUUCCCCCACUUGGAGUCUAUGGAAGACCUCAAGAAAAUUAGUGACCUACGAUAUCCAGCUAACUGGUACCCAGAAGCGAGAUCAAUCCAAAGAAAAUUUAUUUUCCAUGCUGGCCCCACAAACAGUGGUAAAACUUUCCAUGCCCUGGAGAAGCUGAUCAAGGCGGAGUCAGGGAUUUACUGCGGACCCCUAAAGCUCUUGGCCUCAGAGGUCUACCACAAGUGUAACCAGGCGGGUACACCCUGUGACCUGGUGACUGGAGAGGAGAGAAGAUUUGCCAGCUCAGAUGAAACACCAUCCGCCCAUGUUGCAUGUACUGUAGAGAUGGCCAGCUUGACCACACAGUAUGAUGUGGCAGUAAUUGAUGAGAUCCAAAUGAUCCGCGACCAACAGAGGGGCUGGGCCUGGACUAGGGCUGUACUAGGACUUUAUGCCAAGGAAAUCCAUGUCUGUGGGGAGGCCUCCAGCAUUGACCUCAUCAAGGAAAUAGCGCUAACCACAGGAGAGGAAGUAGAGGUGUGUAGGUACAAGAGGUUAACCAACCUGACAUUCUUAGACUACCCUGUAGGAAAAUUUGAGAAUGUGCGGGCUGGUGACUGUAUCGUUUGCUUCUCUAAGAAUGAUAUCUACUACGUCACCAGACAGUUGGAGCAGCUGGGCAAGGAGUGUGCUGUCAUAUAUGGUUCACUACCUCCAACCACCAAGCUGGCCCAGUCCUCCAAGUUUAAUGAUGUCAGCUCCAGCUGUAAGGUCAUGGUCGCAACUGAUGCUAUAGGCAUGGGCCUUAAUCUUGCCAUCAAGAGGGUUGUGUUCUACUCUGUGAUGAAGCCAAUGUUGAAUGAGAAGGGUGAGAGAGAGAUGGACCUCAUCUCCACCUCCCAGGCCCUGCAGAUUGCUGGCCGGGCUGGCCGGUUUAACACGGCCUAUCAGCAUGGGGAGGUCACCACUUUCUAUGCCAAAGACUUGAACAUUUUAAAGGACAUCAUUCAGCAGCAUAUUGAGCCAAUCACGCAAGGUGGUUUGCACCCUACAGCUGACCAGAUUGAACUGUUUGCCUAUCACCUGCCCAAGGCAACACUCUCCAACCUCAUUGAGAUAUUUGAGCUGAGCUGUGCCCUAGACAAGAACAUGUUCUUUAUGUGUAAGAUGGAUGACUUCAAGUUCCUGGCCGACAUGAUUCAACACGUGCCCCUCCCUCUCAGGGUGCGCUAUGUCUUUUGCUGCGCCCCCAUCUCAGUCAAGCAGCCUUUUUCUUGCACCAUGUUUUUACAGUUUGCCAGAAGGUUCAGCAGGAACGAGCCCCUGACCCUGGACUGGCUGUGUCAGAGACUGGGCUGGCCCCUGAGAGCUGCAGGCAACUUGACAGAGCUGGUCCACCUCGAGUGUGUCUUUGAUGUCCUGGACUUGUACUUGUGGCUCAGCUACAGGUUCCCAGACAUGUUCCCUGAUGCUGGCCUGGUGAGAGAGCUGCAGUGUGAGCUGGACCUGAUGAUCCAGCAAGGGGUCAGCAACCUGGUCCAGCUGGUCAAGAGCCAGCAGAGUGGGCAGAUGGACAUAAAUGAGGAGGAGUUUGAAAUGAAAACACGCAGCAACAGAGGGUUGAGGAAGAAACCUUUAGAGGAGGAGAUCCAGAGCUCACGGCUGGAACAGAAAGAUGCCCUAAGAGAAAACAAGCAGGCAGCAGAGAAACUGUCUCAGAAACUGAUUGACCAAGGCCUUGUGGACCGCGACACGCUGGACAAGUUGAAGGCAGAGUGGAAGCUGGAGCUGGAGGGUAGACUGGGGAGUGACUGGCCAAAACAGACUGGGGAGUGACUGGCCAAAACAGACUGGGGAAUGACUGGCCAAAACAGACUGGGGAGUGACUGGCCAAAACAGACUGGGGAGUGACUGGCCAAAACAGACUGGGGAGUGAAUGGCCAAAAUAAACGUUAAAACCAAUUC